UUUUCCGUUCACAAAUCAAAACAAAAGUUGCCGAACUAUGAUAAAUAGUACUGUAGCGAGCUUGAUUAUUAUCAAUGUGAACAUGUGUGAGCGACAGACUGAUACGUAUCACACUGACCUUCAGUAGAUUGUUAGAAACAGCGUUAUAAUGUUCCAGAUGAAAUAUGAAGAAGAAUCACGUGACAGUUCGCGUUUAAAAGGCAAUUACUUCCUUGUUUGGAUUGUAGUGUAGCCUAGCUAACGUUAGCUACAGUAGCAAGUCAAGUUUAACAAUGUGUCUGAAGAUAUGUUUGUGUUUUCUCACUAUUUUAGGAUCCUUAUAUGCCUCUGACGGUGGGUUCCGCUUUGCCUCCUAUUAUGGCGAUCACAUGGUUCUGCAGAAGGCCCCAGAGAGGGCUGUGCUAUGGGGCUAUGGACCCGAUGAUGCUGAGGUCACAGUCUUUCUAUCAGGAGGACCAGUCACUAACAAUGCACCUGCUGUCAGUGUGGCUGCCGGGAUAUGGAAGGUGGCCCUUGUCCCAAUGGAAGCUGGCGGUCCCUACAACUUGACUGCAGUCCUCCAGAACAACCACAAUAUCACUAUCACAGAUGUGCUGUUUGGGGAUGUCUGGCUGUGUGGGGGACAGAGCAACAUGGCUUUCACAACUUCUCAGGUGUUCAAUGCAUCAGAGGAGCUAGCGCUGGCCUCCAAGUUCCCUCAGGUGCGGAUCUUUAUGGCUGCCUUGGAGCAGAGCUACACUGAGCUGACUGACCUGGCUGGAGUGGAGGUGCCCUGGUCUGUCCCCACAGCAAAGUUGCUGGGUGGUGGGGAUUUCAAGCACUACUCUGCAGUGUGCUGGAUGUUUGGGCGCCACUUGUACAAGGUGCUGAAGUACCCCAUCGGCCUAGUGACGUCCUGCUGGGGAGGCACACCUGUAGAGGCAUGGUCCUCCCCACGAGCACUCCAACACUGUGACCUGGAUAGGAUUAACGGAUUUCCCAUGCCAUAUACACCUUCAAUGUAUUUGUCUGUGUGGACUAACUCUAUUUUGUGGAAUGCCAUGAUCCAUCCACUUCUCAACAUGACCAUCAAAGGAGCUAUCUGGUACCAAGGUGAGGCCAACACAGACUACAAUCAGAAGAAAUACUCCUGUUCCUUUCCCUCCAUGAUUGAUGACUGGAGGAUGGCUUUCCACCAGAGCUCAGGGGGACAGACUGCACCAGAUUUCCCCUUUGGAUUUGUACAGGUCUCUACGUAUAGAAAGGCCUCCUUAAGUGAGGGAUUUCCAAACAUACGCUGGCACCAGACUGCAGACUAUGGCUUUGCUCCCAACCUGCGUAUGAAGAACACAUUCAUGGCUGUUGCUAUGGACUUAGGAGACGAAAUGUCUCCUUUUGGCAGUAUCCAUCCCCGGGACAAGCAGGACGUGGCCUAUAGACUGUCUCUAGGGGCGAGAGCUGUGGCUUAUGGGGAGGAGGGUGUCUCAUUCCAGGGGCCUUUCCCUAGCCGGGUCCUGGUCAAUGACCAGUAUAUCAACGUAACCUAUGACCAGAGAGUGUCUGUCACUCAAUCCAAAGAUAUCUUUCAGAUUUGCUGCUCAGUGGUGAGGGCACCCUGUGACUCUCUGUCACUGUGGGUCCCAGCUCCCAUACUGCAGUGGGGCCUUAGCGCCGUCCAAGUGUCCACGAAUUACUGUUCCAUGAAUAAUGUAGCCGGCCUGCGCUACGCAUGGAGGGACUGGCCUUGUGACUUUAAGGCAUGUCCUGUUUACAGUGCUGAUGGGGUUCUACCUGCACCUCCCUUCACUCUCAACCGCUGGCCAGACAAGCAGUGAGAUGAGAACCCCCCUCUACUAGGAAUGGAUUAUUCCACCCAAAUAUGGUGUGGUGGUUAACAAGAUGCACUUGUGUCAAGACUGGAGAUGAAAUGCUUACAUUUCCUCUUGAGUCAUCAGUGUGAAGCUGAUUGCAGUCUUUCAGUGUGUGUAUCUUUGAAUUGUCUUGAACAUAAUGAUGUAGUUAUCUACAAAAACCAAUAACCUCUUUGGCUUGUUUACAAUUGCACUGAAGCUGAAUCAUUCUAUAAUUUUUCAUAUUGUAUUCUACGUUUAUUUACGCAGUGGGAAAUGUGUUUUGAAUGAUACAAUAUGAGCAAUGGUUGCCAAUCACUAUUGCCUUAUUUCAUUUUACUAUCAUUGAUUAUCAAAUAAAUAAACAAGUUAGUGGGUUUUUAUUGAAAUGCCAGGUGUGGUCUAUCUACAUUGUCCACCAAAUCAAUUAUAGUUCUAUCUAUACAGUGCUACAGGGGUCAGCUUGAAGGUGCUCUACACAAAGAGACCAGAUUAACUGUUUCUUUCACAUGAUAGCAACAAUGUGGUAUGCUAAUGAGGGUAUUAGAAUGUGCAACGAGGUUUACCAGUGACUUUGUUCCAGUAUCCAUCCCCGAGACAAGCAGAACGUGGCCUACAGACUGUCUCUAGGGGUGAGAACUGUGGCUUAUGGGGAGGAAGGCGUCUCAUUCUAGGGGCCUUUUCCCUAGCCGUUACCCAUGAGCAGAGAGUCUGUCACUCAAGCCACAUAUAUGUAUAUACUACCGUUCAAAGGUUUGGGGUCACUUAGAAAAGCACUUUUUUUUUGUCCAUUAAAAUAACAUCAAAUUGAUCGAAUAUCUACAGAGGCCCAUUAUCAGCAACCGGCACAUUGUGUUAGCUAAUCCAAGUUUAUCAUUUUAAAAGGCUAAUUGAUCAUUAGUAAACCCUUUUGAAAUUGUUAGCACAGCUGAAAACUGUUGUUCUGAUUUCAAAGAAGCAAUAAAACUGGCCUUUACAUGAGUUGAGGAUCUUGAGCAUCAGCAUUUGUGGGUUCGAUUACAGGCUAAAAAGGGACAGAAACAAAGACUUUCUUCUGAAACUCAAGUCUAUUCUUGUUCUGAGAAAUGAAGGCUAUUCCAUGCGAGGAAAUUGCCAAGAAACGGAAUAUCUCGUACAAUACUGUGUACUACUCCCUUCACAGAACAGAGCAAACUGGCUCUAACCAGAAUAGAGAGUGGGAGGCCCCGGUGCACAACUGAGCAAAUAAACAAGUAAACCCUC